GCCUCCACGUGCCGUUCGACAACGCGGUGCUGGAUCCUCACCAGCGGUGGCGCCAGCGGGUUCUGCGCGACGAAGCGACUUCGGCGCCGGAGGUUCUGGUCAGCCCGGAGGAUGUGAUCAUCACAGUGGCCUUGUGCGACUGCAGCGGGCGCAAGGAGCAAGAAUACGAUGUCCUGGCCAGUCAAACACUGCACGACCUCAGAGAUGCCUUGUAUUUUGUGGAUGAUUGGAUGUACGAUGGUCCUACUAGACUGAACUCGGCCUGCAUGUUCAUAGAUGGCGUUUUCUACUCGGAUAUGCGCCAUGCAACAUCGGUGGAUUAUUCAAAGGAUCUCAUCGAGUGGAUCAAGGUGACAGGCCGGCCCCAGCUGCGGGAGGAGAGGUCUCGCAGCAUGGGCACGCGUUUGUGCGACCUGGAGAGGAUUCCUUUCGGGGAGAGGUGCUGCUACAUCAGGCAAGGCGAUAUUGAGCACCACAUGUACUUCAUCUCAUCACGUUUGCUGAACGAAAGUUUCGACUGUCCCAUUCGAGGCACCUACCCCUGCUUGCUUUGGAUGCGUCGACAUCGGAAGAGGGCAUGCAUGGCCUGCUGCAAGGCCCUGGCUGCUUGGGUUGUCUUAGACUGCACGCGCUGCCCCUUCAACCCGGCCUACUUCUGCCGCUUUUGCUUCGCCAUGCUGACGCAGGACGAAGAAGGCCGAGAACUAGCGCCGGUGGACUACAGGGCGGUGCUGAGCCUCGAGGCGUCCUCCUUCCUCCUGCCGAGCCACCCCGCCUUGAAGGUGAACAUAUCGCUGGCAACAUACACCGGCAUACCUCUGCAGAACCAGGAGCUCAAGGUGGAACUGAAGCGCCGCAAGUCGCCAGUGCCGGGUCCGCCGAUGCCGCUCUUCGACGAUGCCGUGACUUCACAGAGCUCAGAGCAGGCGGAAGAAGUCGCCACGCUGAAGCGCACCACGAACUCUGAGGGGGCGUGGUCUGAGGAACUGCGCUUUGGUGAAGCGGCCGACGGAGGCGUUGCCUGGGUGCCCCAGCUGGGCGACAAGGUGGACGUCAAGGUGACGGCUCGCGGGCCCACGGGGGAGAUGCUUUCGAAGUCCCGGGCGCUGCCGGUGCGAGUUGGCCCAUAUGACGUCGAGCUGAGGACAUCUGCAGACACCCACAACUCUGACGGACCCUUGCCAGGUCACAAGUUCGAGGUUUGGGCGCACUUGACAGCUGCGUAUCCAGAAGAAGGCUGGAGCAUUGGAGAACAUGCCGCCCGGCUCUUCCUCGUGCCCGCCGACGCGGAGUCUGGGAGCGCCUUGGAUUGGGUGAAGGCACAUGAGGACGCUCUGGAUCUGACAACGAUGUGCCAGCGGAGCAUCGCUCUGACGGCUCCAGCCCUCUGCGACUUCAGGCUGCCCAGCGCCGGGAAGUUUGCUCUGGUGGCGAAGGUCGCCGUGCGAGACAAGAAGCUGAAGGACCACGAGGUGACCAGCUGCAAGUUCCUUGGGCGGAGCUUGCAUGACUGGAGGCGUCGGCCCUUGGCUUCGCCUGACAUCUUCGAGCGCUUCCAGGUGAAGGUUGCUGACUCCUACCGGCUCGGCGAGGCAGUCAAGUUGGAGGUGUGGAACCCGCUGAUGGUGCAGAGCCGGAUGCUGGUGAUUUGGGGCGAGCGGCCCUCCGUGAAGGAGCUGAAAAAUGUGUCCUCGAGACAAACGGUGGAUCUCGGGGUGCUGAACGAGCAGGAUUGCCCCAUGACCCUGUGCCAAGUGCACAUCUUCCUGUGGACCAGUGAGGACCCCAGCGCCGCGAUUGAGGAGGUGCCCUGGUCCAUCCACUAUCCGAAGGGGGCGCCCCUCUUUGCACACCAGGAGGUGAACCUGCGCGUGGAGCGGCCUGGCACAAAGCUGCAGGUGCACGUGGCGCCCAGCGUGGAAGCCGUUGCCCCGGGCGGGGAGGUGGACAUCGAGGUCAGCGUUGGCCAGCUGAACAACGCACAGACCGAGCUGGCGCUUCUGGUGGUAGACAAGGCGUGGCUGGACUUGCGGCCCCUGAAGCUGCGGCAGCCCAUGGAGGUGUUUGAGCCUGAAGGUCUCUUAUCCAAGGGCCCGCAGUGGCGCUUGGUGUCCUCCUUGGACGGCCUGGCCUCGGCGCGGUCCAUGGCCAAGGCCGCCAAAGUCAUCCGCGAGAGGUUCAGCAAGAACCCUUGGAUGGGCUACAUCGGCUGGCCUUUGGCCUUGCGCGGCACGGACGACUCCGUGUUGGACGACGAGAACUACUUGGAUGGCUGGGCAGAGGAGCUCACGGACUUCCCCUUCUCAGGGGUGCCAUUGAUGGAACCGCUGGGCGGCAUGAAUUUCCGUGGCGGGCCAAUGCUGAUGGCCAAGGCGGCGCCCAUGGCCCUGGCGGAGAGCGCGAUGGCCAGUGCGCCGGUGGCCAUGGAUGCUAUGGAUGAUGAGGCGGAGGGCGCACCAGAACCACAGGCGAAGGAGGACUCGGUGACGGUGCGGAAAGAUUUCGCCAAGCUGGUGGCUCUGAAUCGCGCGCUGCUGGAACCCGGGCAAAACACCUGGAAGACGCGGAUCAGGCUUCCGGAGGACCUUUCCACCUACGUGGUGCGCGUGGUCGCCGUCUCCAGCGAGGCCGGCAACUGGUCCUGGGGCGCCGCCGAGAGCUCCGUGCGUACCGAGCAGCAGGUGUACGGCACCCCGCUGUUGCCCCGCGUGCUCCGCUUCACUGACGUUUGCCGCAUGGGGGUGAGCGUGGAGGUGGCCACCUCGGAGCUGCCGCGGUCCCUGGUGGUGGAAGCGGUGGACCUCAGCAACUUGCGGGUGCUGGGCAAGGCGAAGCAGGCCAUCACCGUGCUGGGCACCUCUACAGAGGUGCGCUUUACCUUCGCCGCGGAUCUCGGCGUUGGCCCUGCCAGCGUCAUCUUCACCAUCAAGGACGCGUCGGGUGAGACUCUGCUGGACUCCGUGCAAGCUACAGUGGACGUCGAAAUGCAGCAGCAGGCCCUGCACUUGUCGUCCACCACCAGCAUCAAGGCCAACGCGACGCAGGAGGUGGUCCGGAAGGAGGCCAUCGCCGGCUUGAAGGCGGUGCCUGGAUGGGGCGAGCUCUCCAUCUCCGCCUCCAUGGGCUUUCAGGCUCCCUUGCUGAAGGCCGUGCUGGAGUUGGCGCCCACUCACAACCACUGGCAGCCCCCUGGCGAGAAUGUCUUGGCGAUCCUGCUGGGCGGCCUGGUGAUGCGCAACAUCUACGGCUUGGAGGACGCGCAGCUCUCCGCGGCCCUGGCGGCGGCUGCAGCGCGCCUCCCCGGCCAGGUGGUGGCGGCUCCAGAUGUCCUGGGCUUUGUGAGCACCCCUCCGGAGCUGCGCUCGUGGCGCGCAGGCCGCAGGCCGGACCUCAUGAGCAACACCCUGGCGCUGCUGGUGCUCCGCGCCGCAGAGUCCUUGGGCGGCGUGCCAGCCGAGUGGGAGGCUUUGGACAGAAAGCUCAUAGCCGAGGCCGCCUUCAAGGCCAUUGAGCACAUGGAGGAGUCUUGGCAGAGGUGUUGCUCGGGCGACAUGUCUUUGGCCAGCUUCAUCGGCCACUGGCAGCUGGCGAUCUUCUUCUUGGCUCAUCCGGAGGCCCAGUCCAGGCCGGGGCUGCAGCCCAUGUGGGAAGAGACGCUUCAGGAAGCCAUCAAGGGGCCCAAAGGCUCCGAGCUGGACAUCCUCACCCGCCUGGCCUCCGGGCUCCUGGGGCCGAAGCUGGCUGUGAACCUGAAAGCGGACCGCCGCGCCAUGGCCACCGCCAACGCGCUGCUCCAGAGAAUACGCGUCCAGGGCCCGACGGCAUACUUCGCGCGGGACGCCGGCAGCAUGCAUGCUGCCAGUGCGUGGACGCAAGCUGCGGCACUGUGGCUGUGGUCUGCAUUCGGGAAAUACGCGGAGAACCCCUUGGCGCCGCUGGUGGCGUCAAGGCUCCUGGAGGAGCGGUGUCCCUGGCAGCAACACCUGCCUGCGAGGGACAUCAUCAUGGCGUCGCUGGGCCUCGGCGCCUUUGAUGAAGCCACAGGCUCCGCGGCCGGGCGCAUGCCUCUGCGCCUCAAGUCCGGGCCGUCGGGGAAGCUGCUGCUGCAGGCAACCCUGGAAGGGCAGCCGGCUUCAACAGCGUGGCCAUGGAGCGAGCUGUCAGACGUACGGCAGGGCAUGGACCUGGAGUUCCUCGCCGGGCCAGGCAGCGGCAUGGCCGUGGUGAGCUAUGGCAUGGACAUGGUACCCAUGAAGCCCUUCCGAGAGCCUCAGUUCCGAGGCAUCCUGGUCCAGAAGAUCAUCCAGCGAUCACAUCGCGGACGGUGCAGCGGCCAACCUCUGCACGUCGCAUUCCCCGGUGACAUCCUGUGCGUCACCAUUGAAAUCACAUCUCCGGAUGACCUGGAGGAUGUCGAGGUCCUGGACAUGGUGCCGGCGGGGCUCGAGCCGCUGGAUGAGUCCCUGGCGCAGGAGUCCUCAGGACCCGCUUUGGACUGGCUCUUCCGGAUGUGGCGCCGGGAGGUGCGACGGGAUUCGGUGAGCUGGCGCGCCAGCUAUCUUUGGGGCGGGACGCACAGCCUCUCGUUCAACUGCAUGGCAAAUGCGCCGGGGAUCUACUCCCUGCCGGCGGCAAAGGCCCACUCCACGCGGCACCCGGAGGUGAUGGGCCUCAGCGGCGCCGCCUCCUUUCUGGUGGAAGAAACCGGAAACAGCGCCAGCGCUGUGUCCGGGCCGCAACUCUGGGCGUAUCGGAAAGAGGUGGGCGCCGCGCUCGAGGUGGACCUGAGUGACUCGGAUGCGCGGCUUACGGCGCCUGUGCCGUGCCCGGAGGCCUGCCCGGCGGCCGGGAGCUGCAACUUGGCCCAGGGCCGCUGCGAGUGCGCGUCCUCCUCCGGGGCGAUGUUGCCAUGUGAAGAGGUCUUUACGGCAGAGGCGCCCUUCGCGCCUCACACGCGCAAUGUCACGGUCAAGGAGGUGCCUGGCACGGUCGGUGAUGUACAGGACCUGCAAGGCACAACGACGGUGGUAGCAGGGCUCCUGAUUGCGCUGCUGGCUGCCGCCGUUUAUUCCUGCGUGGCCAAGAUGAAGACACCCAGGGGAACAGCCAUGAACGGGGCCAAAAGUUUUGAUCGGAAGGUUCGAUCGCGGCAGCUGAAGAAGCUGCACGGGGAUAUCGAGAAAGGCCUGAAGAAGGUGGACGAAGGCUUGGAGGAGUACGCCUCGCUGUGGGAGAGUUACCUGCGGGCCUCCCAGCCGAACCAACGGGAGAAGCUGGAGGAGAACCUCAAGGCCCAGAUUAAGAAGCUGCAGCGGGAGCGCAACCAGCUCUCCACCUGGAUAGGGGAUAGGAAUGUGAAGGACAAGCAGCCCAUGAUCGAGGCGCGGAAGAAGAAGAUCGAGGCGAACAUGGAGCACUUCAAGGAGUUCGAGCGAGAAUCCAAGACGAAGCGCUUCUCUCAGCAGGGCUUGAAUAAGGAGGACAAGAUGGAUCCAGAGGAGGAGAGGCGUCGGGAACAUCGGGAAUGGAUCAAAGAGUCCGUGGCAACUUUGGAGAAGGAAAUCGACGAGUACAGCGCGUUGGAGCAGAACCUGGUGGCCAAGAAGAGCGCCAAGGGCUCCAAGGAGGAGGCCAGCAUCAUCUUCAACAAGCGCGUGCAGGACUCGCACCGCUGGCACAUCACCAAGCUGGAGCAGCUCUUGCGGAAGCUGAGCAACGACGAGGUGCCAGUGGACAGCUUGGACACUCUCAAGGACUCGGUGGAGUGCUACCUGGACGAGGAGCAGAACUCCAGGACCUCCGAGCAGUUCCAGGGCUUCGAGGACAUCUACGAGGAGUUCCGCCUGGAGGAGGUCGAGGAUUACUUCUCCAAGGACCAGAAGGACAAGGACGAUGAUGAAGAGGAGAAGCCAAAGGAGGAGAAGAAGGAAGAGAAAAAGGAGGAGAAGAAAGAGGUGAAGCCAAAGCCUGCUCCCACCAUCUCCGUGCACCGCUCCGAAGAGAAGGAUCCCAAGGCGGCUCCGAAGCAGAUCGUCACCCGCCCCCAGCCGCAGCCGCAGCCGCAGCCGCAGCCGGCGCUGCAGCCGCCCAAGCAGCCGCCCAUGGCUCCGCCCACGCAGGCGCCGCCGCAAGCGCCGGAGGCGGGCACGCCAGCGGUGCCAGCAGUGCCACCGCCCUCCAAGCCCCCAGGCCCCCCGCCCAGCGCCAACGCGCCCAGCGCCUCGGUGCACGAGCCCCCGGCCAUGCCGCCGCCGCCGCCCCCCGGGGCGCCGCCGGCGCCAGGCCCCAAGAAGCCCCCGGAGGCGCGGGUCCCGGAGGCGCGGCCCGCCAUGGCGCCGCCGCCGCCGCCCAACGAGGCGCCCCCGGUGCCGGAGCGGGCGCAGGACCUCGCCAAGGCUCAGGCGGCGGCCGCCGCCGCCGCGGCCGCGCAAGCAGUGGCGGCGCAGGCGCAGGCGCAAGCGGCACAGGCGGCACAGGCGGCACAGGCGGCACAGGCGGCGCAGGCCGCGCCAGAUGACGCGGGUCUGCCGCCACUGAACUAUGCUGACAUCCCAGCGCUUUCUGAGGCGCAGGAGCGCGGCCACACGCUGCUGGAAGCCUCGGGCCGGCAUCUGCCUCUGCCCAGCGACGUGCGGAAGCCGAAGCGAUACUCGCCCUUCCAGCAGCAUGUGCAUUCCGACCCCAGCGGGAAGCCGUACUACAACCUGGAGCCGUCGAGGUCCUUUGAUGACCCAACCAUCUUCGAGCGAUAUGAUGUGGACACGCUCUUCUUCAUCUUCUACUACCAGCAGGGCACGUAUCAGCAAUACCUGGCAGCCAAAGAGCUGAAGAAGCUGUCCUGGAGGUAUCAUACCAAGUAUCUCACCUGGUUCCAGCGUCACGAAGAGCCUCGGCUCACGGCCCCAGAGUUCGAACGCGGCACCUACGUCUUCUUCGACUACGACUCCCAGUGGGCCCAGCGCAUCAAGGCGGACUUCACCUUCGAGUACGCCUGGCUCGAGUCCUCCGAGAUCUGA